CCGGCCGAAAGCUCUCUGCAUGGGCUGUCUUGCUUCAUGAUCCAACACAUCUACCACGUAGUUCUCUUAUCCUGGCGGCCUGGCGAUCCCCCGUGUUCACAGUCGCCCAUCCUCAUUCUCAUCCUCCUCGCAUCCUAGUUGUCUUCUCACAUCAUCGUCUCUAAUUGGUAUUGACACAUCACCCAUCUCUGUUCCAUGGCCACGUGGAGUGUAUCUUUUUAGGCUGCCUCGCGUCCUCGCCAACCAACCGCGACCGCGAGCCGAUCCGUCGCCAUGACUUCACUCACUGGCGAUGAUGGCCCCGGCCGUCCGUUGAGCGUGAAGGAGAUAUCGGAACGAGCGCAGGCCUUUGAGUGGAAUGUUAAUAUCCCUUUCAAGCAUUGGCUGCGCACAACGCAAACACUACAACAGCAGGCAGACAUGUAUCUUAAUGAUCGCAACUUUCCCCAGGCCUAUCUUCUCUAUCUCCGAUAUUCAACCCUCGUCGUCGACUUGCUCCAAAAACACCCAGAAUACAAGACAUCUCCAGAAGCACGGCAGGCCCUCAAGAAAAAGUUUCUUACAAUAGAUGUUGUUUUCAGACACUUGGAAAACAUUAAGCCCAUAUUGGAGCGACAAUACAAUGCCUGGAAGGCAGCUCAGGCCAGACUGAAGGCAAAGUCUGACCACCGCCGACAGGGUUCUGCAGGGGCGCCGAAAGAUUCCCCCACGUAUAACAAGCAUGCCUCGAAAGACCCUGCCUUGUCGUCUACUAGCCACCUGUUGGAUGCUGGUGAGCAUCAGGACCUGGCUGUUGAACUAGCACAGAAGGAAAUUCACCGACGAGAUGCGAGUCGAAGAGCAACAAGGAACAAUGGCGAAGUUCUCCGGGAUCAACAAGAACGACGUGCUGCUGGUUUUUGGGAGAGUUGGACCCAGGAACUGGCCGACCAGCAAGUAGAGGAUGAAAAGGAGUUCCGCAACCAGAUGGAGUUGACGAGAAUGACUUUGGAUGGAGACACGGACUUGGCCCCUUCUGAGUCAAGCCGGCAAACACCUCGGCCACCCAAGUCACCAUCCGUUCCCAGCUAUUCUUACCCGAAGAUAAGUAGAUCCGAGCCAGUUGAAUAUAGUCCUCAGUAUCUCAGAAAUCCCGAAGCUCCAUUGCCCCAACCACCUCGGCCCCCUAAACAGGAGCUCAUGGACCACUCCCCCCUAGUUCCUGAGCGUCCAGCAAAGACACCAUAUCCUCACCAACCACUUCCUCGUACAUACCCCGACACUGAGGAAUUGCAAGAGCUUCCAAGCCGGCCUCCGAAACUACUUGAUGCUCAGAAAGAGCCACAGCCACCAAAGAAACAAUCAACUGUUGCAUUCAAACCCGCCGCAUACCUUGAGAAUGGUGACCCCAUCAGACCCAUCUUUCUUCCGAGACAACUUCGCCGCCGAUUUCUUGAAAUCGCUUCGGACAAUACCAAGCGUGGCCUUGAGAUGUGUGGCAUUCUGUGCGGGACCGCUGUUAAUAACGCGCUAUUCGUGCGGUGCUUGCUUAUUCCCGAGCAGAUAUGUACCACAGAUACUUGUGAGACGGAGAACGAGGCUUCCAUGUUUGAUUAUUGCAUGGAAGAAGAUUUACUGAUGCUGGGUUGGAUCCAUACACACCCGACGCAGACCUGUUUUAUGAGCUCUCGAGAUUUGCAUACCCAGUCUGGAUACCAGGUUAUGUUACCUGAAAGUAUCGCGAUUGUGUGUGCACCAACGUCUCAACCUUCCUACGGCAUAUUCCGAUUGACGAACCCGCCGGGAUUGUCACACAUCCUCAACUGCACGCAGUCAUCUACAUUCCACCCCCACUCCAUAGACAACCUGUACACUGCAGCGGAGCAUCCUCCAGGCCACGUCUAUGAACAUGACAGUCUCGACUUUUAUGUGCAGGAUAUCCGACCCGGCGCUCGCAAUGGCGCCGUUCCGAACUAGAAAUUCUAGGGCAUCAAGUUGGAAUCAGUCGGACACCACAAUACGGAGUCAUGUGGGCUAUUUGGGUGCUUUCCUCUUCCGGCCCGCCGCUGGCCAAGCCAGAGAGCAGCAAAUUGCUUGCAUUUUCGACCACCUUUGUCGACGCCACAGAAGUUGCGCAAAAUAAAGAAAAUGAAUUAAUUGAUACCAGGAGUGUCUCUUGGUUUUGGGUUUGGUUUGGUGUUUUUUUUUUGUUUUUUUUUCCCCCGCAAACUCGACUUGGCAUGCGCUUGAUACCAUACCAGUUCGCAAGAUAACAAAUUAUCAUCGGUUUUAUUACCACAUUAGCACGGAGUUUGUGAUGGGGUUCGAUUUACCUCGCAGAGAAUGGGGUUAUUACCUAGACCUAUCGCGCAUUAGCUGGCGUUCUUUUGUUGUUGGCUUUGUAAAACUGGCUUGUGAGUGAGGGAUGUCAUUGAGCCUGAUAUGAGCCUGAACUGAGCAUGAUUGAUUGAUUGAAACUGGACUGGACUGAAUAAAUGAAUUCGAGUGCACUGCACUGGAAUGCACUUGAUUGCGAGUGCCUGAUGUACUUAGUUUAGUGUAUGAAGGGAGGAAAAGGGAAAGAGAUGAAGCUGUGAGGAAUAGGAAGGGAAUUGAACACUGUGAAUACUGGA